UCCGCUCUGCUCCCCAUCCCGGCCACACUCGAUUCGCAUCGCCGAUGGCCGCCGAUGCGGACGCCGCUUCCGUUCUUCUCGAGUCUCUUCAUGGCCUCGUCCGCGCUGGAAUCUACGAUCGGUUCGCCUCAUUCCUCCUCCCCUUCGGCGACUUCAUCCCUCUCCAUUCCCAAAACCCUAACGCGGCUGCACCCACGAAGGCCGGUGCCACCGCCGCCGCUCCCAAGAAGAGAGGCGGUAAGAAGAAAGCGUCAGAGCCCGACCCCAUGGCGAUCCGCCUCCUUGCGAAACGAUUCCUCCCCUUCCUCUGCCAAGCCCUCAAAAUCCUGCCAUCGUUACUCCGAAAGAGCCCCAAAACGCUAAGUUCUACUGUCGACGACCAGAUUGCGGCCGAGCUGCUCGGAGUGUACCGCCUUCUGUUCGACUGCUUGGCUUGCAUUGGUCCUUGCCUUGCCGGCAAAGCUUACUCAAUUCACCUCCAGAAAGGCCAUCUAGUCUUCUCGUUGGAAGCAUGGGAGAGGUACGCUGAAGCUGAAGAAGAAGCUUUAGCGCUUCUAGAGAACCUAAGGUCGGUUCUUGUUGAGGCUGCACCGGUUCCCAAGUCGCGCAAAGGAAAAUUUUCCAGUCCUGGUUGCUAUUUACCUGAUCCGGCCCUCGUUGGAACUGAUGAUCCGGAUGUCACCACACUGGUUAUCACAGUCAUUACCGUUCUUGUGGGCUCAUCGUACAAGAGUAAAAAUCUGAAGGAGGUGACAUAUGAUAGGAUUUUAGCCUUGAUUGAUCAAGUUCAGCCUUGGCUUCGGUUUUUAAAUCCAGAAGGACUCCGGAGAUUCCAGAAUUUGCUUGACAUUAUGUGCAGGUGUUCACUUUUUUUACUUGAAGAAUACAGACUCUUUAAAGGAGACAUGGUGCGUCAUUUCUGCCUGAGGACAUUGAAGGAAUGUGCAAAGUCUUCCCCGAUAGACCACUUUUAUAAAAGAAUGGGAAAAGUAUCUUCAUCUGUUGACUUGCAAUGGGAUGAUGGAAGCUCUCUUUUGCUCGAUAUUCUUAGAUUAGCAUUGCAAUCCAUUUUAUGCAGCUGCAAGGUUAAUUUACUGAAUGCUACAGAUGAGUUUCUUGAAUUUGUAUCACAUUUUGCUCGCCGAAUUUGCAUUUCCAAUUUAGAUAUGUGCAGAAGUGCUGCAGAAUUAUUAUGUCAAGGAGGUGGAGAUAUAUGUCAGGUGUCACUUCCUCUCACAUCAAUUUUAACUCUUUAUGCUAUUGGUUUGCACUUCAAGUUUAGUUGUAUUCAGGCUAAUCAAAGUGCAAAUGGAGUUGAUUUGCAAAACUUGUCUUUUAUAUUGGAAAAAUUAGCCAACUUUGAUAUUAUAAACCAUAAAGAUGGGAUGGACUUUAGUAGUGAGAUAGAAGACACAAGUAAUGGUUUUUUGUCUUCUUCAAAAUCUGGCCUGAGUAAUUCUUGUAUGCAAACACAUGGAAAAGUCUCAUUCAUUUCAUACAUUGAUGCUUUAGAGUUUCCUUGCAAGCAAAUGGUGGAAUUUGUGAGCAUAGUUUGGAAAAGAAUUGCUUCUGCACAAGAACCUCUUCUGGAUUCUGAUGGAUUAAAUUAUCUCCAGAAGGCAUUACAUCAAAUUUGUGAUUUGUUCCUUGAUUCUACUAGAUGCAGUGUCAUGUUUAAGAGCAUUGAACAGAGGUUAGUGGAAAGCCAAGGAACACUACUUCAAAUUGCAUUAUCAGCUUUCAAAAUCUCCCUUAUAGCUGACAAAAGUUACGAGAAAAGUCUACUAGUUAUAAAUGAUAUCAUUUCAAGUACAAGGAUAGAAAUGCAAGAGCUGAAGUUUCUUAUUUCAUCAAUAAAUAAUGUUGGAGCUGUAUGCUACAAUAGUGGAUUGUUGGAGAAGGUGACUGGAUUCCGGCGCGGUCGCAUCCGGAUUCCAGCCGUGAUCGCGCCGGAAUCCGGACGCGCCUUCGUCGGAAUCCUGACACGGGCACGUCCGGACACGAUCGUGACGGAGGCAAGUGCGGUCGCGAUGACGAUGGCGCCAUCGCGGCUGGAAUCCGGCGCCAUCGCGGCCGGAAUCCGGUCGCUGCCAGACUCCAUCCGAGCAUCUAAAGCAUUUCAGCUGUGCCUUGAAAUUAUAUGGAAAUAUGUGAGGUUUACUUGUAGUUUGCACUCGUUGAAUUCAAAGAAACUCCAUAGUGAUAAUAUUGAUGAAGAUGGUUAUAAAGAUGCCAUUAAUGAUGCAUUGGCACGUAUUUCGAAGAUAAUUGGAUUUCUUCAUAAAUAUGGUAGAGUAAACAUAAAAGGCAUUAUUGUUAAGAGUUUAUAUGAAUUCUCUGCUGCUGAUGAGGCUCUAAAUGACACUGGCUUAUCAAACUUGAUGCAUCAAUGGGUUAAGAUCCUUUGUGAAGAAUUUAAGGAGGUACAUGAAGUGGAUAACGCUCCAAUUCUCUAUUACUUGCUUCUCGACUGUGACUUGAAUUGGUCAAAGAAAAUAAUAGGCAAAAUCCUUGAACAGGAACUUAUUGCUUAUGAACUGUUCAAAUCUCACAAUCCAAAUCUGUGCCAAAAAAUGGAAUUGAAGAUUAUGGACCUUUUGUUGAAUUAUGUGUAUACAUCAAAAGAUUACAACUUGCAAAAAUCAAGAAUUCUAGUUAGGAAAGGAAAGGGUUUAAGAGCUCUUGGAACAGAAGGCAUAAACAAAUGUCUUGAAUGCCUUUCUGAAGCAGUGUCAUUACUUAGAUUCACAUAUGGUGAAGCUUCUCAAGUUGCUGCUUUAGUUGCUCAUCAGUUGGCUCUCACAUACCUCUUGUAUGCACAAUGUGCUCAGGAGGCCAAUCAAGACUCGGAUGUAAUUCUUGAUAAUGUUCAGUGUGCAUUGAGUUUGUGGUCGGGCAUCAAUAUUGAAGGUUCUCCUUCAACAGGCAACAAUUAUGAGUGUCCAUUAGCUGAUAGUUUACCUAUCUUAUGCUCUAUAGUUGAUUUGCUUUCAUUAAAGGGUUGCCUGAAAUUCCAAAUUGAGAUAUGCAAAUUGAUAAUCAAAUUCUGCUUGUCGAAGAAUGUACCAUUGGAGCAGUGUAUUACCAUGCUAUGGACUAACAGAAGGCUAAACCAUUCUCUUUGUCGCUGUCCAAUUCAUGAAGGGUUUGUUUUCAGUAUCUCAGAGAUGUAUGAUUCAAAUGCCAACUCUUUGGAUUAUUGGAUAAGUUGCAUGAAAGGUGAUCAGCCAACACUCUGCACAUUUCUGCAGAAGUUAUUGCCAACAGAUUCUCAUUUCUCUGAACCAAGAGGGAGUUCUAUCUCCAUGCCUUUUGGUGCUACAAUGAGCAUUCAAGAGGUUGAAAAGGUCGCAUCGUCUCUAAUCUCAAAGGUUCCUUUGACCAGUGAAUCUACUUUCAUGGCUUCAUAUCUUUACUAUGACUUGUCUGAAAGGCUUUUCUCCAAUGGAAGAUUCAUUCAGGCUCUUUUGUACGCGAGAAAGGCAUUAUGUCUGAGGGACAAAUUAUUUAGGAGGAAAUUUAUUUAUAAAGUUACUGAACAGUCUGCAAAAACCAAGCUUGAUCAAGCUACUCAGUCUACAAAUGAUCGUAUAUGCCUUGAGGCAGUGAGCAAUGCUAUUACAGAUGCUUGGCCGGGUGCUAAUAAGUCAGGCAAUUCAAUUGAUUCUUUUCAUAGUGUAUGGGGUGUUCUUAGGUGCUACCUUGAAAGCACAUUGCAGGUUGGCAUUAUCUGUGAAUCAACCGGAAAUGGUGCUGAGGCAGAACAUCUUUUUCGAAUAGGAAAAGAAAUAUCCUAUUUAAGGGGCUUCCCAGUCCUUGCAAUUACUUUCACAAUAUAUUUAGGUCAAUUAUACUGUAGGAAACAGUGCUGGGACAUGGCUGCAAAUGAGAUUAACUAUGCCAAAAAACUAUUUGUGGACUAUCACCACAUGAUCUCAUGCGAGCGUUGUAAAAUGACUUUUGAGGUUAUGAUUGACAUGCAAGCUGGUGAUUUAUCUAGAAACAUCUUCUCCAAAAGAAUGCAAACCGAGUGCUCUGGAAGUUUGCCUGAUGCACUAGGCUUGUAUAGAUCAGCUAUUGAAAAACUGGAACAGGCUUCUGUUAGGACUUAUAUUAACAUCUAUCAGAAGCCAGGAACUUAUAUAAUUGGAGAAGCCAGAAAUUCAGCUCAACAUCACACUAAAAUGUGCUCAACUAACAAGGGAGUAAAACUACCUGUUUGCAGUAUCUGCCUUUCACUGAGUAGACAUACAAAUGUUCCCAAUUCAGGACAAGGUAGAGAGGAAUCUGAUAAGCUAAGGCUUUUGGACAAUUCAGGGUUAAAAUCGCAUGCCAAAGAAGUCAAGAAAACUUCUAAAAAGUCAUUUAAAUCCUCAGAGAAGGAUCUCAGCCAUCAUACUAAACCAAGAAGAAACCGUUCUACUGCCCAAACUAUUAAUGUUGUGAAUACAUCUACCAAUUGCAAUGGGUCCGUUACUCUUGGGCUUAAACUAUCAAAAGGACACUACAAGAGUUCUGAAGCUGCUUGUGGAAGUGAAGAAUGUGGAUGCAACCAAAUAAAAUGUUGGAGGUGCCUCAUUCUCCAAGUAGUGGAAACUGGAUUCAUGCAGGAUAUUCUUUAUCUGAAGUGGGAAUCUUAUAGUCGGCAUCUCACAACAAUACUUCUCAUCAAGAUAGCAAAAUGUCUUGGUACUCACUCUGGAAAGCAUGAAAAUAAUGAAGUGCAUGAAGUCUUUGGUCGUUGCAUUUCUGUGAUGUUCAAUUGGAAAUCUCUUAGGUUCUAUGGAACAUCUGAUCCCAGCUUAAUUCACCUUCUUAUGGAUGAGACUUUCGGUGAUUUCUUUCGCAUGGAACGUGCAGCAGUGUUGUACAACAUGAGUUGGUUUUGUUUGAAGAAUUGUACAUCAGAGAAUCCCAGGACCAAUUGUUGCAGUUUCUCCAAGAUCCAGAUGACAACUAUAUGUACUUGGUUACUUAAUGCUUUCAUACUCUGCCGUGAAAAUCCCUUGCUUUUUCACAAGGUCUCUCGUCUGCUGUCUUUGAUGUUUCUAUUCUCCACAAUCGAUUGCUCUGUUUCAUUACCUGUGCAAACUGAAAAAUCUCUCUCUUUAAACCAUUGGGCUGCAUAUUUCCACCAAGCUUCAAUUGGUACAAAUGUGGACAGUCAAUAUUUCGACAGUCAGCCUCUCAAGGUGUUUUCUGAUGCUAAUAUGAUGGAUGAUACUGCAGAAUUAUCCAAAUUCCUCAGACUUUUUCCAGAAUGUCUUGAAGAUCUUGAAGAACAUGUAUGUGGUUUCUUCAAGAGCCUCCCUAAUAUUCCUAUAAUUUGUAUAAGCAUGCUUGGAGGAGAUUAUACUAACCUCAUUGGUGAAAUGCUACUUCUGCCUUCUUUUUUUCCUGCUUGGAUACUUGUAUCAAGACUAGUUGCUAACAAUCAACCUGUUGUUAUGUUACUGCCUGUGAAUCUCAUUGAAGAAGACCAACUUGAUGUUGGCAUUUCAUGCCAAAAAUUCAGUGGUGCUGAUAUAGAAUCUGCCAAACAAUGGAGUUGCCCAUGGGAUUACUCUGUUGUAGAUUGUGUAUUACCAUCUUUUAGAAAGCUUUUGGAAGAGAACUUUCUUUUUCUAUUUAAUUCAACCUUUUCACCAGCUGAUACACAAACAAAAUUUGCUACUUGGUGGUCUCAGAGAAUCAGACUUGACAACUGUUUAAACAAAUUGCUUAGAAACAUCGAAACAUCAUGGUUGGGACCCUGGGGUUGCUUGCUUCUGGGCGAGCAUUCAUCAAUUUUUUGGAAUAUUGACAGAAGGAUUAACAAAUUAAUCAAUGCUCUAAAAUCCCAUAGUAAACAUGGAAUAAAUUAUAGUUUGAUUAGCUCUAUCAUUGGUGGUUCAAAGUCAAUAAUUGAUGCAGAAUCAUGCAUCCAUCAGUUAUUAUUAUACAAUGGCUAUUUUGGCCGAGGUGCCUGCUGUGGUCAAGAGAGAUUUAGAGUAUUUCCUGCAGCUCCUAAGACAGAAACUGCAAUCAAUUUCAUUCAUGAUUUGGUUAGGGAAAUGGUUACUGAAUAUGAAGAACAUGUUGACAGAGAACCAGUGAUUCUAGUGCUGGAUUCUGAUGUUCAGAUGCUGCCAUGGGAGAACAUACCAAUUUUAAGGAGCCAGGAGGUUUAUCGCAUGCCAUCCAUUGGCAGUAUCUUUGCAACACUUGACAAAAGCUGUUCUCAUCACAAAAAGGAUGAGGCAUUUGGCACCAUCAUCCCUGCUGUCGACCCUGUUAAUGCUUACUAUUUGUUAAACCCAAGUGGAGAUCUAAAUGAUACACAAGUGGAAUUCGAGCAAUGGUUCAAAAGCCAAGAAUGGGAGGGUAAAGCUGGAGUAACUCCUACUGUUAAAGAACUGAGUUUCGCCUUGCAAAAUCGUGAUCUUUUCCUGUAUUUUGGUCAUGGAAGUGGAACACAAUAUAUGCCUGAAAAAGAAAUUCGGAAGUUAGACCAUUGUGCUGCCUCUGUUCUUAUGGGCUGCAGCAGUGGGGCACUCGUUCAUAAAGGGUGUUAUGCUCCGCAAGGUGCUCCCCUAUCCUACCUGUUAGGUGGUUCCCCAUGUGUCAUUGCAAACCUUUGGGAUGUAACGGAUAAAGAUAUUGACCGGUUUGGGAAGGCCUUGCUGAAUUCAUGGCUGCUCAAAGAUUCAGAACCUCUUGACAAUUGCACAAGGGAUGGCCAAUUAGUGAAAGGGUUGAGUUGCAUGAACAUAAACAAAGAGGUGACCACCACCUCUAUAAAGACUAGAAGGAAACAGGCCAAUGAAAAUUUGCAGAAUUUAUCAGCUAGUAAGCAAGGUUGCAGGAGGAACAGGAUAGUGUCCUUCAUGAGCCAAGCACGAGAGUCAUGCCGACUCCCGAUGCUAAUUGGAGCAGCUCCUGUUUGUUAUGGAGUACCCACAGUCAUUUGGAAGAAAUUGCAGCCAGAAAGUUAACUAACCAUCAUGAGGUAUGAUUUCAGCUGCAUGGAGUUCUUUCAUGAAUGCUCCCAAUUCUAAACAAGGGCUUAUUUCUCGAGUCACCUUGGUUUUGAUAGUUAGGCAGAUCCUAAAAUUUUUUAUGUACGCUUUGAAUUUUUCAAACGUCUGUUGUAUUUUUAUCACGGUUUACCGAGUUGUACAGAAUGUGCCGAUGCCUCUUCCCAUAAAUUUCAA